AUUGGUGGAACUAUUUAAAUCUUUAAAUCAUGUGCAUACAUACACAUAUGUAUGUGUUAAAGAUAUGCAGCGCAUUUACAACCAGAGCCACCUACAAAACAUUUUACUCGUGAUAAGCACAAGUGUAUUUGCAGUGAGGUUAGAAAACGAUAUGUUUGACGUUUUAUUAAACAUCUAUUUAUCAUUUAUUAUCGUCCAUUGUAAUCUAACGUGAAACACUAACCAGUAUAAAAAACAAAAGAAUGAUCAAUUUGAUUCGAUUGAUUAAUCAAAAUCGGGGAUGUAAUUGUCACCAAAUAUGUUCCGCGUGUAAAAGAUGUAUUCAUGAAACAAGUAGAAUAUUAUCGUCCGACGGGGAUACCACGGAAAAACCCGAGACGACAGAUCCCUCUUCUACAGAUGAUAUGUCGGAACCGACGAAUUGUUGCAUGUCCGGUUGCGUAAACUGCGUUUGGAUUCAAUACGCGGAGAAAUUAAGCGCGACCCUUGAAAAGAGCGACGCGGACGUGCAGAAAUUAAUUCUAGACAAAGUACAGGAUCCCAACAUGAAGACGUUCCUUUUGAUGGAACUCAGACUUCGAAACCUGAUCAAGGAUUAAGGAAUAUUGUAUAUAAAAUUUGUAUAUAUGUACAUAUGUGUCAGACAGUCCAAUCUUAGAGAAUAAAUUUUAAUUAUUUAAUUGUGCGUAUUUAAUUCCCUCCCUGAAUAUCAGUCAUCAUUUUUGAAUCAUGUCCAAUUGCGGCACGU